CUCGUGGUGUCAACUCUCCAAUCUGUAAUUCUUUUCAAUGUAUAUAAAUAUCACUUCACAAUAGGCACAAGAAAAUCAUCAAAACAUUAAGCUCAUAAUAAUGUGGCAUUGCUCUUUCUCUUCUCUCUCACUUUGCUGCUUAUUCUUACUAUUAACAAUAAUAACUACACACUGUUACCUGAUUUCCCCACCAUUGUUAGACUUGAUCAACUCAACCUGCAAAGAAUGCUCAGAUAAGUCAGCAGACAUAAACUACAACUUUUGUGUUACUUCACUCCAAGCAAUUCCUGUAACUCAUGUUACCAACUUACAAGGAGUAGGAAUUGUAGCAAUGGAGCUGGCUCUAGAAAAUGCUACCAACACGAUUUCGACCAUACAGAAGAUGCUCAUUAGCAAAGAGUUUGAUACUUUUUCUAUUGACUGCUUAAGAGAUUGCUUGGAACUUUAUGCAGAUGCUAUUGCCAUUCUGGUGGAUGCCUUUGUUGCAUUCUUGGCUGAGCAUUUUGAUAUAGCUACUGUACUAAUGAGGACAGUUAUGGACGCGACAUCAACGUGUGAUGAAGAGUUCACUGCGAAGAAAGGAGAAUUGACACUACUAGCAAAGGAGAAUUACAAUCUCUUCCAAUUGAGUGACAUCUCCUCGUGCAUCAUUAAUAAAGUUUCCUCUGUUCCUUCUCAGCUACCUAAUGUAUCUUCUUAAGAAGUGGCAGCUAUACAUUAUCAAAAAAAGAUAUGGCAGCUAUAAAGUGUGUACUGCAUGGGACAUCAAAGAGUUGCUAAAUUCUUGUAGAAAUAUGAUCAACAAGUCUUGUUAUCUCCAUCCCCUUUUUCUUUUUCCCUGAUAAGGAUAUUUGCACAUCAAAGUCAAAGCACACAUAUUAGAGGUCAAUUAACAAGAGAACUGGGAAGAACACAAGAUAAAUGGUAACAACAAAAAGAGCACUAUGAAAUCCAAGUGUUAAGAUCCUGAUAGUUGAGGGUGAGAUUUGUCACUUAAAAUGCCCUCCCUGAACUAUUUCUGAAAACCCAUCUCCAUCCCCUUAGACCUCACGUUACAACGUGCUAACUUCAUAAAUUUCAGUCUACAUUGUUUAGAAAAGGCAGCUCUUAGCUGCUUUCUCAGUAAUUAUGUGCAGUCAAGGAAGGAGACUACCAGUACUUGCAAGCCACAGCUGAUUGUCAUGAUUUAUCAAGACAUAAACUGGUGGAACCCUUGAUAAAGCAAGGUACGGUAGGGUAUGAAUUAUACUGCUGAAUUAAACAUACAGUCGUGGGAAAGACAAAGUGCAAGAUUUUGUUAGAAAGAAACUUUAGUCAACGCAGAAGUAAAUGUAACUGGAGUAUAUAAUAACCCUCACUGUUAAACCAAAGAUAAACUUGCUAGCCCAUUAAGACAAACAUGCACAGAACAUUUCAAAAAUGUUACAUUACAAAUAAUAUUUUUGAAUGGCAUAACGUAAAGCAGAGUUUUCUGGGAUGCUCAUAAAGAUAUACUUGUCGAAUGAACAUAAUGAACUCCCUAAUACUUGAAGAUGAUCUAGAACAACUUUUUUGUAAGUAAAUGGACAUGAUAAUGAACCAAGGGAAGGGGUAGAGAUUUCUUUUUCCCUUCUCAAUUUAACCUAAGAAGCAGUGCACCAACCAAGCAUUGGAGAUGAUGACAGCAAAAUUUGAAGUCAGUUUGCAGGAACAUGUACUGAUAGUUGGUACUCACAAUAGUCCAAACUGGCGUGGCUUCAUGGAACCUUCUCAGAGCAAAUUUGCAUUUCUUUCCAUGAUUUGGGGAUAUCCACAACCAAACACAUAAAGACUUAACAGGUUAAAACUAGUAGAAAAUUAUCAACGGCCUAAGCCUGAAAUGUUCUCUUUACUUGAGUGGGGACAGCAGUUAACCUCCCAGUUGGCACUAAUAUACCCAGUUGGCACUAGUAGAAUGCUUAAAAAGAAACAAUCAUGUCCAUCGUCUAGUAUGUUUUUUGAUUGUUGCCCAUCGUCAAGUGUAACUUCUUUGAUACAUAUUUUCAAUAUCAUUGCUUCAAAGAUGC